CUUUGUGGUCUUAUCCUAAUAUGAGAACGAAAUCCGGGAAACCCUAAAACUGCGCUUCUGAGCUGACAGAGUUAAGCCUCAAGAACAUGUUUCUCCACCCCGUCACCACCACCACACCGCCACUUCACCGCCGUCUUUCGUUCUCAUCAUCCAUCCCCAAUUUGCUCCCAUUCCCUUCUGGGUUCUCAACUUUAACUCUCCUAAAUCCACUGAAGAGCCGCCGCAAGGGCCUAGCCAUCACAUGCGCUUCCAUUUCGCAAGUCCACAGCUAUGGCACUGUCGACUACGAGAAGCGGCCAAUGCCCAAUUGGGGCAUCAUUUACAAGAGAAUAUCCAUGAUUGAAUACCCGCAGAAGGGCGCUUCUACUGUGCUAAACCAGUGUGAGGAUGAAGGCAAGAGGAUUUCAAGACUGGAGCUUUUGUUCGUCGUUAGGAAGCUCCGCAAGUUCGGGCGACACCACCUUGCUCUCGAGGUGUGUGAGUGGAUGAAUGAUAGAGCAGAGAGGUAUAAAAUAACCACCAGUGACACUGCUAUUCAACUAGAUUUGAUCUCCAAAGUGCAUGGAAUCUCGAAUGCCGAGAAGUACUUCCUCACCCUGCCAAAUUCGCUAAAGGACAGACGAAUAUACGGGUCGCUCUUGAAUGCGUAUGUUCGUGUUGGAAUGAGGGAGAAGGCCGAAUCUUUAUUCGAUGAAAUGAGAAACAGGGGCUAUACUAGGAACACGCUUCCUUAUAAUUUGAUGUUGAACCUUUACAUGAAAGUUAAGGAUUACGACAAGUUGGAUAGUAUGAUAUCCGAAAUGGACGAGAAAAAGAUUUGGUACAACAUAUUUACUUAUCAUAUCUUGUUGUCGUCCCAUGGGUACCGAGGGUCGAUAGAGAUGAUGGAACGAACGUUUGAGCAGAUGAAGCUGGACCCGAGGAUCAACCCGAACUGGAGUACGUAUGGCAUAAUGGCUUCGGUGUAUAUCAAGACGGGCGAGUUGGGAAAAGCCGAAGAGUGCUUGAAAAAGAUGAAGUGUAUAAUCACGGGUCGGGAUCGUACCCCUUAUCACCAUCUCUUUAGUCUUUAUGCCGGUGUUGGUAACAAGGAGGAGGUAUUCCGGAUAUGGAAUGUCUACAAGUCGAAUUUCCCCUUCAUUCCAAACUCGAGCUACCAUUCAAUAAUCGCGUCUUUGCUGAGAUUGGACGAUGUUGAAGAUGCGGAGAACAUAUUCGACGAAUGGUUGUCAGCAAAGUCGAGAUAUGAUCCCCGAGUGGCGAAUCUUCUGCUGGUUUGCUAUGUGAGGAAGGGGCAAUUCGAGAGGGCCGAAGGGUUCUUAGCCCAAAUAAUAGACGCCGGGGUAAAGCCGAACCCGAAGACAUGGGAGAUUCUCGCCGAUGGGCAUAUCAAAGAGCGGAGAAUCUCCGAGGCUUUAUCCUGCUUGAAGGAGGCCGGUUCAGCCGAGGGAUCUAAAAACUGGAGACCAUGGCCCGCAACUAUAUCGUCUUUUUUCAAGCUUUGUGAGGUAGAAGACGAUACGGAAAGCAAGGAGCUACUGAUCGAGGUGUUGAAGCAAGCCGGGUGUCUUCAUCCCGAGGACUAUGUGUCUCAAAUCCCGACACCCAAUGGCUCGAAUACUAACAACGAACCCGACACAUGGGAGGAAGACUCAUUCCUGGAUAACAACGACGAUAAAAGUGGUGACCUCCUUCUCAGUGAACUACACGGGAGCUUAUGAUAACUUCUUUCGCUUAUCCUAACGUGAUAGAUCGCGGGCACUAUUAAGAAAUGUAGAUUCUUUUACAGUCAGAAAAUUUUCAUUUAAGUUUAUAUCAAUGGUUUCUGCAUCUUUUUAGUUCAUGGAUAAGCAUUAGGGGCUUCAUUACCCUUGGAAGCAUAAUGUACCAGGGGUCCCAAAAUGGAAGCUAAUGGUGAUAUUGAUUGUAAAUAAAUAUUGGUUCCCGUUGAGU